GUUAGAACUUUCAUAGUUAUUCUUAAUACAAUUAUAGAAAGACAAGAUUUACCACGAUUGUAUUUAAUAACGUGUUUCACUGCAUUUAUUUUAAUUUGUUUAUUACGAUUUCGAAGUUUAGUGCUAUAAUAGUUAUUAACAAUAAAAAAAUAUAAACAACAAUGUUAUUUUGGUCCUGUAGGUUACGUAAUAGGUUAGAAAUUUAAGACGUCUCAAAUCUCGAGGUUAUUUUUUUUUAACAGACAACAAAAAAAACGAACAUUUUUGCGGCUUUUGAAUCAGCCGUCUUGUUGAAUGGCUCAAUUGUUAUAAUGAUACAACUAGAAAACUAGUUGUGCAAUUGAAUAGCGCCAUUCUACUAAAUGUCCAGCCGCGCAAAUGAUCGGCUGAUUUACCUAAUUGGUUGCGAUAUUUACACAUAAUGUCAAUGUCUCCGAUCGAGAGUGAGAUAUCGUAUGAUUACAUCAUAGGAAAAUGACAUUUGGGUGCAGACAAACCGUUCUCGAGUAUCUCAUACUACGCGUGCAGGGCAACCUGUUAUCGAGCGAUUUUGUAGAUAUUUUUAAGAUAAUUGAUUUUUUUCAGAGCUAUGUCUCGAGCAAUAUAUCUCCGCAUUGCCGGCUACCUCGUAACCAUAUUAUUGCAUGGAGGAAACCUGAUGGUGGUUACUAGACCUCCAUCUAAGGAAGUUUUAGAAGAUAUUAGAAUAAGGAAGUUCUCAGAAAUGCAGUUUAGAUACUUGACUUCCUGGACUUUUACUCUUCAGAUAGUGUAUGGAGUAAUUGGUCUCGUAUGUGAUCUCCUUACUCUUAAGAAUUCCAAAACCAGAGAUUAUAAACUGCCUAAAUAUGUGAAAGGUUUCAGGGAUACCUUGUUUGCUGGUAUAGUGUGGCCAUCUUCUUUAGUUGUUUUCAUAUUUUUCUGGUGCGUAUUUAUCUACGACAGAAGUCUCGUUUAUCCGGACUUCUUAGACAAAGUGUUGAGUCCUGUAUCAAAUCAUAUAAUGCACACAGCUAUUCUUCCUAUUGUCCUCUGGGAGAUUUUGUUCCAGCCCAGGACUAAGCCACAGUCUCACAUGAGAUAUUUCGCUCAUAUGACGUUUCAUUUCGCGUUCUAUCUUGGCGUACUCAUCUACACAUAUGUAGAAAAAGGGAUAUGGUUGUAUCCAAUCUUAAAAGAAUUUUACGGUACAAUGAAAUUUCCAUUGAUGUGUCUAUGCGUCUACGUAUUAGCCAGUGUCAGCUAUUACCUGCAAUGGAUAUUGCCGUCAUUCGUGAGUGUACCAGAGAAAACGAAGAAAAAGCAUCGAUAGUAAAUAAGAUAUAAUUAUAGAUUAUAUAGCUUUCCAUUCAGAAAAUCUUAUACAAUUUUUUGAAUGCAAAAAAUUUUAAUUAUGGUAUGGUGUGGUGGUUGUUU